AUGCCUCCGCCUCAAGCAGAAGAUUUUACCACUGACUCGCCUAUGAAAAAACCUCCCAUCUCAGUAUUCAACACUUCCUCAGCUCCCAUGGCAGCUACUCAGCAGCAGAGAAGACCCCAGAGUGCAUUGUUCACUAGCUUCCAAGCUAGCUCGACAAAGGUCAUGACAGGGAAGGAGAAUAUGAUACCAGAUGUACGCUCAUCAGAAGAACCUACAAUAGUGGGAGGGAAGCAGGUCGUCUCUUCAUCAUCAACAGCGUCAUCGUCCCAACGGUCAGGUGCUCCACGAAGGGUCUUGAUGGAGGCCGCCCCGAUUAAGGAAAAGAAGCCGCUUAAAGAGAGGACCCCUGUCAAUAACGCCUCACCCGAGAAGGAGUCGCUCUCAUGGGAACCGCCGGAGAUUGUCGAUGACGGCAAAAAGCCUCCCUACAGCUACGCUACUCUUAUCGGCAUGGCUAUUCUUCGGGCCCCUUCUCGUCGUCUAACACUUGCUCAGAUCUACAAGUGGAUCGCAGAUACCUUUCUCUACUACAGGACUUCCAACAAUGGAUGGCAGAACAGCAUCAGACACAAUCUAUCACUCAACAAGGCAUUCGUGAAGCAGGAGAGACCCAAGGAUGACCCGGGAAAGGGAAACUAUUGGAUUGUAGGUAAAGGCUUUGAGAAUCAGUUCAUGAAGAAUAAGAGCUCGCGCAAGUCGGCCUCCGGAUCCCACUCAAAGAAGCUCUCGACAUCAAAGGCAAUGAUGCUGGACGAGAUGGAAAGCGCUGCGGAAGCCGAGGAUAUUGAGAUUCAUGUCGACCGUUCUGAGCAGAUUGACAGCACGGAUACUAUCGAGGAGAACAUCGGGAAGGACUCGGUAGACGAGUUGCUUGCUCUAUCAUCUGAUGCUACUAGGAGCGCCAGUCCUGAACCCCGAGUCAUGCCUGACGAGGAUGAUGAUAUCUUCCGACCUUCGUCACCACAAGCAACCAUCGCUGCAAACUCAUCACCCCCAGCAAUCAUGUGUUCAUCGCCACCAAUGACCAGAAGCCAGAUGCACCUUCCCCGUGAUGCGACUCCUCCCUCAGUCUUCCAGACACGGAAAAGGAAGAUGUGCGCAAUGAAUGACAGCGGUUACCUUUCGUCGCUGGAAUCAUCGGUGGUGCGACCAAACAGCGACGAAGACAGACCCAGAAUCAAGCGCGGAAGAGCCGAGGAAGACAUUGCUCGUAUUCGACAUUCCUCUCACGAAAGCCCAAUCCGCAGAUCGGCAAAGACUGGAUAUCACAAUUUUCUCAACUCAUCCCCACUGCGGGGCUGCGAUCACAACCCAAUGCUCCCCCCUCUCACCCCUGCUACUGUGCUUCGUGCGCAGAAGCCCCCGAUGUCUGUGAGCCCGAUCACGAACCUCCGACUUCAUCGCGAGCGCGUGAAAAGGAUGCUUACAUCACCUGCCCGUGACAUCACUUGUUUGGAAGAUAAUCACUGGAGCAACGCAUACCAGAGUCUUGGCGACUACAAUUACAAUAUGCACCAUGACGAAAACGCUGAAAUCACAGAAAUAAUUUCUAGAGCUUGCUAUGGAUCACCAGACAAACGUGCGGCAAAGCGACGAGAAGCCAGGGAAAGCUUCGGGGGCGAAUUAAGGCCAGCGGAACUUCUCGGUGAAGGCUUUCUCGAGCCGCUAGAUAUCUUUGGCAUUGAUGUAUAUGGCGUCAUGAGGAGCGGUUUUGAACAGUUCAAGAACGACGGGUUUGGGUCCCCAAGUAGACCUGGGUUGGACCGAAGCCAUACUACAGAUUUUUAA